AUGGAGGACUCCCUUUUUACCCGAUUGACGGGGUGCUUUGAGCCUUUCUUUUACGUUAUGGUCAUGGCAACUGGCAUCUCAUCUAAUUUGAUGCAUGACUUUCCUUACGAGGCUCGGUGGUUACGGUACUGUUCAUACCCUAUGUUUGCAUUAGCAUGCUUGCUCUUUAUCGGUCUCCAAAUACUGCAAAUGCUACAUAUGUUCAGGUUCGUUAGAGAGAGGUCGCUUGGCGAGUACUUCAAGCAAUACUUCCGCAACCCUUCGAACAAUGUCUUCUGGGGUACGUAUUCCAUGGGAUUGAUUACGAUUGUCAAUUACAUCGCUACCUUGGCUCAGGACGAAGUUAAAAAUCCUGUUGUCUCAAAGAGAAUGAUGAAGAUGGCAUAUGUGCUAUGGUGGUAUGACGUAGCGACCUCUUUAAUAGGUGCUUGGGGAAUCUCAUUCCUCCUCUGGCAGAGAUUCCCUAAAAGAAAGCAUAAAAAAGGCCAUCUGGCAGUGCCAAAUGCGCAUGUCUCAACUGAAGGAUUAAAAAGUGUGCUCGUUUUGUUGGUGGUCCCUCUUGUCGUGGCGGCUUCAAGCAGCAGUUACUUCACGAUGACCGACUUGUUCGGGGAAAUCUAUAGCAGGAAAACUCAACUGACUAUCCUUGUUAUCACGGCGUUGAUCUGGCUGCACGCCGUGAUAUUUGUUUUCAUUAUCAUAACGAUCUUCUUCUGGAGUCUUUAUGUUAACAAAAUCCCACCUAUGGGUCAGGUAUUUUCACUAUUUUUGCUGCUCGGUCCCAUGGGCCAGGCAAGCUACGGUAUAGUGCUGUUGACAGAGGACGUGAGACUAUAUGUUGCAAAAUACUACUCUGCAAGCGCUACAAACACGCAGCAAGACAUACUUUUGGUCGCCGUGCCGUGGUGUGUCAAGAUUAUUGGACUGCUCCUGGCACUAGCUCUACUUGCAAUGGGAUACUUCUUCACCAUCAUCGGCUUCGCUGGAGUGGCGUCCUAUUACCGUACAACGACCGAGGAAGAGCACAACGGCGAGAUACGGGUGAAACGGAUAUAUCAUUUCCACAAAGGCUGGUUUGCCAUGACUUUCCCCAUGGGGACUAUGUCUUUAGGCAGCGCCGGCAUCUGGCAUCAUUACAAUCAAGUCGUGCCCAUGUCCGCCUUCAGGGUCAUCGGUACCAUCUACGCGGUCAUUUGCAUUUUGUGGACUCUCGUCUGCCUGGUUGGCAUUUGCUGCACAGGCAUCAUCCCAGAACUCACCUGUAUGUUCAAGCAUAUCACAAGCCGCGAUUCAGUUUCGGAAGUAAGCACUGAUACCUCCAAGGGCAAGCAACCAGAGAAAUCUGAGGUGUACUCCUGCUAA